AUGACCACCUUCAUGGGACAUAAAGUUCAGGAAUUGACGAAACAAAAGAAGUUUAAAGCAGAAGUACGUGAUGCUAUUUCUGAACACUUGUUUUCAAACGCACAUGGUACCUUCCUCUGGGUGGCCCUGGUCUGCGAGGAGCUCGCCAAGGCAGCACGAUGGAACGGGAAUGUCCGUUCGCUAUUGACUGCAUUUCCGCCGGGCCUCGAAUUCCUCUACGCUCGGAUGAUUGAGCGAAUUCACGAUCAUCAUUCAGCAGAUGCAGAACUUUGCAAGCGAAUUCUAGGUGUCGUCCUACUUGUAUACCGACCCAUCACGCUAGACGAGUUGCCAACUUUGGUGGAUAUGCCCGUAGAUAUCACUACUGACCAACAGUCUUCAACCGAAAUUGUGGAGGCAUGUGGUUCGUUUCUCACAAUCCGAGAAGAUGGUAUCUUCUUUGUGCAUCAGUCCGCAAAGGAUUUUCUCCUUCAAUCCGCAUCAAAGGAGAUAUUUUCGCGAGGAAUUGCAGCCGAGCAUUAUACGAUUUUCUUUCCUCUCUGCAAUCGUUCAGGACACUUCGAUGUGAUAUAUAUGGCCUGA